AAUAAUGAUCAAUCAAAUCGAACCUGGACAUUUAAGUAACAAAAGAUGGGUUAUUCUUGUUUAUUAACAUUUCAGCUGCUGAAGAAAAGAAAUACAAAAUCAACUUUGAAUAAACACGAAUGGGCAUAAACUGCAUGUUAAAAUAAUUGUAUCGUUUUACACGUUUUUGAAUGCUUGGUUACACUUUCGUUCAUCCAUAAUUUACAAUUGCAUAACUUUAGAUCAAGCCAUGUCGAUAAUUGUUCGCGAAGCGUUGCAGACAGACUGCCAAGGUAUUAUGGAUCUAAUAAUGGGAUUAGCGGUAUACGAAAAGAUGGAAGAUAAAGUGAAAAUGAAAUUAGAAACACUUCAAGAAGACGGUUUUGGAAAUGAAAAAUAUUUCAAAUGCUUUGUAGCAGACAGACAAGAAAAUGGUGCAUCGAAAUUAAUAGGAUACGCUCUAUACUACUUUACCUACUCCACCUGGGAGGGUAAAUGCAUUUACAUGGAGGAUUUCUACGUGUCCCCAGAGUAUCGAGGGAAAGGAGUGGGGUCAAGGUUAAUGGGCUCUGUGUGUAAGAUUGCUGUCGAGAAGAAAUGUGCCCGAGUUCAAUUUUCAGUCCUUGGUGGGAAUAAACCAUCCAUUGAUUUUUACAAACGCAGAGGCGCCAUUGACAUGACGGAAGUUGAGGACUGGCAUUUGUUUCGAUUAACCGGAAGCGCAUUGGAGAAGCUGGCAGCAAACAGUAAUACUGUGUGAUAAUACGAAACAAACAAAUAAAGUAGAAAAUAGCGGAAAAGGAAUUUCUAUGAUUUUUCAUUUAAACAAAUACAUCUGAAAUAGAUCUGAAUAUAAAGAAGGUUACAAUCCACUGUAAACAAACAAAAACGUGUAAAUAAUCAAAGUACUGAAGAACUGACGGGAGUUGAUUUUGUCGAUUU